CCUUCUUCUCCCUCCGCCAUUUUUUAUGUGAAGCACACAGAGAUCCAUACCACUUUAUAUUUUGUCUGUAUACACGCCACCCAAAUCAAUUUUCAUUUUUUAAAUCUUACUUUCUUUCAAAUUUUAAACUCUUUAUCUCUUUAUUUAUUUUCAUAUUCUCCGGAGUGAUCUCCAGAAAAAAGGUGUUUUGAGAAAGAAAAGCCAUGGCGAUUGUAGAAAAUGCGGGUGCUGAAUUAGGGAUUGGUGUAGAAUCAAGCUCAUCAUCAUCAUCAAGUCUAGAUUCAACUCUAUCAUCCAACAACCACCCACUUUACAUGAAGGCUCCUGUUCAACCUCUGGCCAACGGAAUUCCACAGCCGCCACAGAAUCUGCAGCAUCAGUAUGGUUCUCAUAAUCGUCAGCGAUCUAACGGCAGUGGCGGCGGAGCUGAUUUACAGAGGGAUAUAAGAGAAUUGCAGGAGUUGUUCUCUAAGCUAAACCCUUUGGCUGAGGAGUUUGUGCCUCCUUCACUUGCUAACAACAACAACAACAGCUUUAACUAUAAUAAUUAUCAUGGACUUAAUGUAGGGUUUUAUGCUAACAACAACAACAACAACAACAACACUGAUUCUUCCUUUAUGCUUAUUAAUGACACUGGAAAUGGACAUCUCAAUGGAAACUCUGCUAGAAGGAAGAAAAACUACAAUCAAGGGAAACGGAGGAUGAACAGCAGGACAAGUAUGGCCCAGAGGGAGGAGAUAAUUCGCAGGACAGUCUAUGUGUCUGACAUUGAUCAGCAGAUCACUGAAGAGCAGCUUGCAGCUCUAUUUGUUAACUGUGGGCAGGUUGUAGACUGUCGUAUCUGUGGUGAUCCCAAUUCUGUUCUUCGGUUUGCCUUUAUUGAGUUCACUAAUGAAGACGGUGCAAACGCUGCUUUGAGCCUCGCUGGGACCAUGCUUGGAUUUUAUCCAGUGAGGGUGUUGCCUUCUAAGACCGCAAUUGCGCCAGUUAAUCCAACAUUUUUACCAAGGUCUCAUGAUGAGCGCGAAAUGUGUUCAAGAACUAUCUACUGCACAAAUAUUGAUAAGAAGAUUACUCAAGCAGAGGUUAAAGUCUUUUUUCAAUCAGUGUGCGGAGAGGUUUAUCGUUUGAGGCUGCUAGGGGACUAUCAUCAUUCUACCCGUGUUGCUUUUGUUGAAUUCGUGAUGGCUGAAAGUGCAAUUGCUGCUCUCAACUGCAGUGGUGUGGUUCUUGGAUCAUUGCCGAUAAGGGUAAGCCCAUCGAAGACACCAGUUCGCCCACGUUCUCCUCGACUUCCCAUGCACUGAGGCAUACUGGUGGACACUAAUUAUCAGUUCAAAUAUAUUUAAAUACAUACACACACCCAUGUAAAGAUGUUUCUCACAUCUCUGUCCUCUUUGUUUUAUAUACUGCCAUCCUUUUGUCCUUUUCCUGUGAUCUUUGUCAUCAUAGGAUUUAUGUUUUGGGUUAAUCUAGGAAUUUAUAGAGUUGGAUGGUACGUCAAGGCUCUGGAAGGUAUACAUAUAUAUGUCUAUGUACUAGCCCGUAAAUGCGGAUUUGAUGUGUUCAUGAAAAUGAACUCUCUAGGUAGAUUUUGAUGCUCAAACCCAAAACAUGUUUUUGCAUGAUUAAUGGAGUGGAGUGGUCUUUUGACUCA